AUGGAGUGUGAGAGAGAGUGCACGAGGAGAGGCGAGGGUCAGGGAGGCGAGGACGACCAAGGGCGGCCUCGAACUAAGCGUGUCUUCCCCCUCCCCCCCCCACAGAGCGGCGUGAAGCAGGACGUGAAGAAACGCAUCGAGGACAUCCGGCUGCUGGAGUCGAGGAAGUCGGCGCGCCUGGCCGACCAGGACACCGACUUCGCCAAGCUGGCCGACAUGUCCACCGACAGGAAGGACCGAAAGCCCUCGCAGACCAUCGACGUGCCGGCGCCCUCGGGGUUCCAGGGGUCGAGGAAGAGGCGCAGCUCGCGCUCGGAGGAGGAGCAGAUGGACGAAUGCGCAGCCGCCAUGGUCCUCAUGAAGCUGUCAUGCUCCCCGCGCUCUCCCGUCAUGCACGAUGGUAAGUGCUGCUCCUGAUGCUCGUAUGUCACUCCGUUAUGGCUGCCAUUAUGGUUAGCAUUUUUUAUUUUUGUACCUGCUCUUCUGAUGUAUUUGUUAUUCUCGUCAUUACGUUUCCUCCUGCCGUGUUGCCAUGUUUUUAAUGGACUCUUAUUACUAGUUAUAUACUUGAGAAACUUCCCGAAGCUGUUCUGGAGAUUGCAGUCGAGGUGUAUUUUCCCUGCGUCUCUCCCGGUCUCCCCG